AUGAGUGGAAGGGUCCCAACCUUGCCAAUAACUAUAUUGACCUCCUAUAGAAGGUGUGUUAAAGGUUUUAAGGGUUUAAGAAAAAUGUCGCUUAAUCCAUUAUUAGUAAUUCUUAACAAAAAUCAACUUGCGGGAGAAAACUACGUUGAUUUGAAAAGGAAUCUUAAUAUUAUUCUUACUGCUGAAAAACACAAAUUUGUGCUGGAUGAAGUUUGUCUCGAAACCCCUAAAGAUGACUCCACGGAUCUCAAAAGGCUGCAUAUGAAAAGUGGCAUCAUUUUGAUGAGAUGGCAAGGUUCCAUUAAGGAAAUCAUGAACACACGCAUGAAACUAGGUGCAUCUGUAAGGGACCAUAUGUUAACCAUGAUUGGUCACUUCAAUGUUGCGGAGGUUUUAGGAGCUGACAUUGAUUUCGAGACGUAG